UGGUUUAUAUAGUGUAACAUGCUAUAUCUGAGGUGAAUUAGUUACAGUCAGUGUUUUAUUGCAGGCCUCUGAUUACCUCCUGUCAAGCACACCUGAAUGGAUUCCAUGGCAACUACAAAUAAUGUGACCGAGUUGAUUAUCACUGGUCUUUUCCAGGAUCCAGAGGUGCAGAGGGUGUGCUUUGUAGUGUUUCUUCCUGUGUACCUGGCCACGGUGGUGGGCAAUGGCCUCAUUGUUCUGACGGUCAAAGUCAGUCAGAGUCUGCAUUCCCCCAUGUACUUCUUCCUGAGUUACCUGUCCCUGGUGGAGAUCAGCUACUCCUCUACUGUUGCCCCCAAGUUCAUCGCAGACUUGCUUUCCAAGGUUAAAACCAUCUCCCUGGAGGGCUGUGUGGCUCAGAUAUUCUUCUUUCACUUCUUUGGAGUUGCCGAGACAUUCCUGCUCACAGUAAUGGCCUAUGACCGCUAUGUGGCCAUCUGCAAACCCCUGCACUACACAGUCAUCAUGAGCCGGGCUGUGUGUCACCGUCUGGUGGCUGGUUCCUGGCUGGGGGGCUUUUUUCACUCCAUGGUUCAGAUUAUUGUCACUCUCCAGUUAUCCUUCUGUGGUCCCAAUGUGAUUGACCACUACUUCUGUGACCUCCACCCCUUAUUCAAGCUCGCCUGCACUGACACCUCUGUGGAGGGGCUUAUUGUCUUGGCCAACAGUGGAUUACUCUCCAUCUUCUCCUUUCUCGUCUUGGUGUCCUCCUAUAUCGUCAUCCUGGUCAACUUGAGGAACCAUUCUGCAGAGGGAAGGCGCAAAGCCCUCUCCACCUGUGCCUCUCACGUCACAGUGGUCGUGUUGUUCUUUGGACCUGCCAUCUUCCUCUACAUGCGGCCCCCCUCCACCUUCACCGAGGACAAACUGGUGGCCGUGUUCUACACGAUGGUCACCCCCAUGCUGAACCCCAUCAUCUACACCCUCAGAAAUGCAGAGGUGAAAAUCGCCAUGAGGAGGUUGUGGGGCAGGAAAGUGAACUUGGGGGUGGAAUAAAAAUGAAAACCUUAAAAAAAAUUAGUAUAUGUUUGGUGACAAAAUAUACCUUCUGAUUUUAGUCAACUGUGAAGAAUAGAACAAAAGUUCCCCUCUUCAUGGUUUUGCUUUUUUUUUUUUUUGUAGAUGAGCCUUUAUAUUCCAUAAUAUAAAUCAGAACACUGUCAUAGCCAUUUAUAUUUUGGGGAAUGUUGAAAAUUGAUCUGCCUCACUUCUGCAUGGUCUUUAGUGUAAAGGGCAUUGACUUUAGCAAGGGAUUACUUGGACUGAAAUCCCACCUCUAUCAUCUUCUACCUUUGCAGCCUUGAGUUCAUUCGCUUUAGCCCUCAGUGGUAGCAUGCUAUAGUAUGUGGGGAGAUUGUGGUGCUGGGAGAAAGAAUUUUAUGAUUUGUUCUUUCCCUCGCUAUCAGUGUGAUCUUAUGGGAGUACCUUGAAGGUUUUCUACUUCAUUUUGAUUUCCCUACUUCAUUAACCUGAUUCCAAUGUGUACAGUUGCACAGUAGGAGCUUUGUUUCGUGGGAGUAGGGCACUGUUAGCAAUGAAAUGGUCUGUGGGAAGUGAAAUAUAAUAAAGCUAUUAGUAUCCACGAAUGUCU